AUGGAGAAUUCAAGCAGAAACUACAAGCCGCAUACAGAGAAAUCGACAGCUGCACGCGAGAAUUUUAUCUCUCAGCUCAGAGAAGUGAGAGUUAACGAAAAUUUAAGCCAAAAUGUAGGAAUUUCAGAUCAAAUUGACCGAAUGAUCGAACAAGAGAAUGAAAUGCAGUUGGCUGAACUAGAGCAAAACAUCAUUAACGAAGAGGAAUACUAUGCACGAAUGGCUGCUUUCAAUGACUAUCUUGAUUCAUUAUCACCUGAAGAAAGAGCAGUAGUUGCCAAUCAGCAAAGUUUCUUAUCAGAUUCUGACUGA